UGCAUGCAGCAAAUCAACCACGUGUUCACCGUUCCCCUCUGAACCGGAAACACACUGUGUGCGCCACCGCUAGUCACGUGGGUAUUUUGUACCCCAGAAGACAUUCGUGUUUUGAGAUUAUCGGUCGUUUUUCAGCAAAAUAAUGUGUGAAAGCACAUCGAGGACUCUCCUGUUUUAGCCCCCCAGUCCUGUGCAGUAUCAACUGAGCCUGUACUGUAUGUAUUGACAAGUAUAAUCAUUUAAAAUUAGCCUUUGUUUGGGGAAAAGUAUGUCAGGAAUUUCGCUUAAUUUGACUUUAAACUCUAGUAAAAAUGACAAAUCAGGUAAAUGCAACAGAAAUGAGAAACAUGAACGUUUCCUUAAAAAGAAACAGUACCUGAUGCGGAAGGGUUUAUUAAAAGACAAACAAAACAAAAGGAAAAAUCGGAGAAGAAGUAAAAAGCAGAACCACACACAGAUCAACGGAGAGGAGCAAUCGAAACCAGGUGCUAUUUUUCCCAAAUUCAACACCACCGUGCCUCAUACCAGUACGUCAUUCGUUUCAACACCGAUGUUUUGUCAGAAAUCCUCAACUUCAGUUUCAUCCACUGCCUGCACAUCUCAGGGAAAACCAACAAAGAAAAUGGUGCCCCCCACUUCUGGACCUCUAAAAUAUGUAGCAAUGGACUGUGAGAUGGUAGGAACAGGACCAAAGGGGUCCAUUGGUGAGCUUGGCCGCUGUAGUAUUGUCUCUUACAAUGGUGAUGUCAUUUAUGAUGAAUUCAUUAAACCUACCAACCCUGUCACUGAUUAUCGUACACGCUGGAGUGGAAUCAGGAGGCAGGAUCUCCGCUAUGCCACACCCUUUCAUCAUGCGCAGAAAGAGAUUAUAAAGAUAAUAACAGGGAAAGUGGUUGUGGGCCAUGCCAUCCACAAUGACUACAAGGCCUUAAAAUAUUUCCAUCCUGCUUGCCAAACGCGAGAUACCACCAAGAUUCCACUUCUAAACCAGAAAGCUGGAUUUCCUGAGCAUGAACCUGCAUCUCUAAAGAGGCUUACUAAGGCUCUCUUCAACAAGGAUAUACAAACUGGGCGGAGAGGCCACUCAUCAGUAGAAGACGCCAAAGCCACCAUGGAGCUGUACAAAGUAGUGGAGGUUGAGUGGGAAAGAAAACUGGCCUCUGAAGCCAUUAGCUAAAAAUGGAGUAAUGGUGUAGAUUCGAAUCAGAAAAUGAUAUUGCUAUAAUGUGAAGCAGUAACUUUUCAUAUGCAACCAAUCUUGUUAUUGUCUUGUUUUUUUAACAUGUUCAAAAUGAGACUUUCUUACUUUUAAUAACUUUUAGAAAAGCGAUAGUUGGCGGUAAAAACCACUAGGGGGCUCCUCAGUUUCUGUACCACAGAAGUGAUUUUUUUUUUUUUCAAAAAAACUCAUUUUAUCUCUCAACUGUUGCCGCUUUGCAACAGUUGUCAACUUGCAAAAAUGUGGACAUGAUGCCUUCUGUACACGCACAUCUCUUUCACUUCCAUUCAGAAACUGAGACGAAACUCAAAAUCUUUGCAGUAAGUGGCAAGUAAAAGCCCUUGGAGCUCCUCUGUCUGCCUGGCUUUCUUUUUACGUCUGACGAACAGGAUGAGUCAGCAUUUUUCUUCUGUGAAUUCAACACCACCACAUGAAUUACAGCCCCUACUGUAUUUAACUGUCCAAAUGAACAGACCUACUGCUAUUCCUAAGAUUAUAGUCAAAGCUCUUUUUCAUCCAAA